AUGGCUGGCAUGGGAGAGGCCCCGGUCACGGGUUUUGGCGGCUACCAGCCCUCAGUUCAGAUAGUUGGAAGUCCUGUCGCAGUUGAACCUGCAGGCCUGAAUUCCCCUGUGGCUGCGUACCACUCUACACAGCUCGACCCUCUGAGCACGCCUGAGGAGUGCCGUUGCGGUGUAGGUAAUCUACAGUGCGGCAACAAUUUGUGUUGCUGCUGUUUCCUUUGCGCCGUGCGGUGCAACCGAAUCCCGCUUAUAUUGGUUCUUGUUUUCCUCGGAGUCAUUGCGGUAUCGCACUACUCCCCGAUUGGAGGUGUUUCUGCAGCAUCCCAUGCUUUGUUUGGAGGGAUAUGCUUAUUGAUGGUGUUUGUCACUUAUUUACCGCUGGCGACUUGUUGCACGGUGCACCUUCAGUGUAUUGCCCCGAAGCACAGCGCCGAGCAAGGAACCGAGCCCAGCUCCCGCACCACGUACCUUGGCAGUUGCAAUCGGUUCACGAUGAUCUCACAUUGCCUGGUCUGUGUAUUCACGCUUCUCAUCACAUUACCAAUCAUGAUCAUGUAUCCCCAGAUUCGCGAUUUGAACGGUGGGGCGCUCGAAAAUACAUUCGGAACCAGCAGCCCGCCGUCCCCUAGCAGAGCAUCAUUCUCUUUCUGGGAGUGGCUGCUAAUGGGAACGUCGAUCAGCGGGCCGUACGGUGCGCCGUCGGGCGAGAGAAGGCAGGAGUUCAUUUUCAAGACAGGGCUGCCGACAGUCCCGCCGAGGGACGACUGCGAGCGGCCAUGGGCGACGCACUUGGCGAUGGAUGUCUAUUUCCCGGAGGCGUGCAUGGAAGCCAGCAGCUGCACGAGCGACACUGAGUUGGCACCGAUCAUCUUUCACAUACACUGCGGAGGAUGGACGCAAGGCGACAAGAGCGAAGUGUGUGGCGGAUGGAGCAACCUUGCUUACUUCUUGGAGCGUGGAUACGCAGUCGUGUCCAUGCAGUACAGGCUUACUUGCCACGGCUACAACGUCAUGGACAUAGUCUCUGAUUUGCGGGAUGCUUACGACUAUGUGUGGGCAAACGCACCGAAUUGGCACUUCGACAGAACGUCCGUUCACCUCAUGGGCGGAUCCGCUGGGGGGCACUUGUCCCUCCUCAUGGGCUACGCCCUCACUAGCGACAACUAUUCCAAUGGUGGCGACUACUCGGGCAUCAAAUCCAUCACUAAUCUCUAUGGCGUCACCGACAUUUCAGGCCUUGAUGGUUUCGGUUGCCGCGAUGGCGGCAACACUUACGACGACCUUACGGCCGGGUGCGACGAGGAUGGAAAGCGGAUAGCGUCGCCAGUGAGUUACGUGUCAGCCAGCAGUCCCCCGACGUUGUCUAUACAUGGCACCUCAGAUAUUUCGAUUCCUUAUGGGCAGGCGGUGCUGCUCAAGGAGAGGCUCGACGCUGUGGGCGUUCCCAACUACCUGAUGUUGAUGUAUUCUUGGGAGCAUGUGCCUGAGCGAUGCUACUACGGGCUGCCGGCGCAGAUGUUCCGCUACGCCUUCGAGCGGCUGCUAGCAGCCAGAAAGUAA